GGGUUAGAGGGGGGAGGGGGGGAGUAGCAUUGGCACGAAACGCGGCGCUCAGCUGUCAUGGCAGUCACGACUCUUGUGAAAUAAAAGUGAACCAGGCGGGCUAGGUUCCGUGAAAAAUAAUCUGCUCCGAUGUACCGCACUCAAAGAUGAUAGCAGAUCUGUCGAUUCUCUAACGCGAUCGCGAGAGCUUAGCCGAAAAAUGCUUCGUAUUUUUCGACGUAACCUCCGUGACCGGCCCGUCGAGUUUCUUUACGUAGUGAUUAAAUUGAGGUCCGAAUUAUUUAUGUGAAAGGCUUUGAAAUAUAAAAAUAAAUUUAAUGAUCCCAUGGAUGCGUGAUCAAAUAGUGGAGGCCUGGCAUAACAGAAAAAGUUCAAGGACGGCUGAUAAGCGGUCCUUGGCCCUUUCUUCUGUCAGCACAGGCAAUCCUGCAAGCAACACCAUGCUUACUCCAUUACCUACCUCACCUGAAAACUUUUCCGUCAAUGUCAUCAGCACAGAGGGCAAUGUAUUGGAUGUUACAGUAAAGCCAAACUUUACUGUGGAAAAUAUAAAGAAAAUAGCAGUAGUACAUUUCUAUGGUCAAGACACAACCAAACCCAUUUCACGAUAUCGUUUGGUUCAUUCAUCCAAAUUUAAACAGCUCGCAGAUGAAAAUUAUGUUGACGACGAGGGUAUCAAUGAAUAUGAUGAAUUAUUAUUAGUAGAAAUACGAUCAUCCACUGCACAAGAAAAUCUUUCAGAUGAAGCUCUUAAGGGUCCAAGUUUAGAAGCAAUAGUUCGAGCUACAAGUGAUCUACCUAGUCUGAGAAAUGCACCUAAGCCUGUGCCAUCUACGGAAUGCCCUGCAGAUUUCCAGAAUGAAAUCCGUAAGAUUUUAAUAACCCUCGUACAAGCGUCUGCAAAGAUCUUAAUGUACAGUUCUGAUGCCGAGAAAUUAUAUGACAUCAUUAAGGAGAAACUGGAAGCUAGAUGUAGGCCCACUAAUGAUCCAAAAGUCAUAAAAACCCUCAUAGAAAUGGGUUACCCUCACAAGAAAGUUCUCAAAGCGUUACGUCUUCGAAAAUCGAAUAUGACAGAAGCUUUAGAAUGGCUUAUAGAACAUCAGGAUGAUUCAGAUGAUGAAGACGAUGAAACUGAUUUUUUUGUGGAUACAACAACAGAUACAAGUAUCGCGAGUCCUAGUUCUUCAGCAAACACUACGAAAAAGUCUUUAAAGGGCGCAUGUUUGGAACUAUUUGAAACAGAAAAACAGGAUCAAAAAGAAAAAAAUCUGGUACACAUCGUGGACUUAUUAUUGCAAAGUUUUCGACAAUAUAAAAAAAUGGAAUUUAAACCUAAUAAGAGAGCAAUGCGGUCGCUUGUAGAGAUGGGUUUUGAUGAGAAGAAUGUGAUAGGAGCGUUGAAAGUUACUGGGAAUGAUCAAGCUAAUGCUUGUGAAUGGUUGUUGGGCGAAAGAAGACGUAGUUUGCAAGAUUUGGAUGAGGGCCUCGAAUCCGAUGGUUUAAUUUAUAAAGCAAUUAUGAGUAAUCCUCAUAUUCAACUUAGUCUUACAAAACCCAAAAUGUUACUUGCAUACUUAUCAAUGAUAGAAACACCCACUUCGGCAAACGCAUGGAUUAACGAUCCUGAAAUUUCACCUGUGCUUAGCCAAAUAUCCAAAACAUAUCACACCGAGAAACAUGCCAUCCACAUGAAUCGUUACACCUAGUAUUAUGGUGAAACUUAUUUGAGUCUCUGUGGAACAUCCAUAUUUUUAUAUAAAUUUACAAAUAAUUUUCGCAGAGAUUUGGAAUAUCACCAAUCACCAAGUAGUGAUCAAUUAUAAUUAUAAUUAUUACAAUUUUAAUUUUAUGUAAAAUUAAAGAGAUGUAAUUAUAAUUAUAAUUACUACUAAUUAUAGUUAUAAUUAUAACCAUCACUAAAUUUAGAGAACAUUAUAUUUAUGAAAAUCUUAUAAUCCAACUCUCUUGCAAUAUGCUAUAAUAUCAGUCACGCAUAAUUUAAUUUCUAUACAUGAAUACGUAUUUAUUGCCGAUUGUUUUCGAUAUUGUACAAAUUGCCUGUUAAUUAGUUCUUAGACAGAAAAUGUGCUUUAAUAUAUAUACAAAAGAAAGAGUUGUGUUAUUUUAAUGUACAAUGUAAAUUCUUAUAGUAAAAUUGAAUUCGUAUCAAAUGUACUUUUCGAUUCUUCAAAUUUAGAAGCUAGUCAGACAAUGUGCUACGAAUUGUAAAAUAUGCUAAAAUAUAAAAGUUGCAAAAUAAA